UGAUGAUCGAUUGCCGAUUCCGCCGAGUGCAAUUAUUGUUUGUAACCUCCACUUCCCGUCGGCUUUCACGCCUGGUUUUCCUGGUGCGUGGAGUUGCUUUUACGGCCACCACCUCUACCACCAUCUUCAUCAACAUCCUUCAACCCUUAGGCGUGUAUACACAUGUGUGUGUGUUUGUGUGUGUGACGUGUGUUUUUUUUUAACUGUCAAAAGUAUUCGGCGCUGCACACACAAAAACCAAAGUGACAAGGGUGAAUGUGCACAAGAGUGAAAAGAAGAAAAAGGUUGACAGUCGUUAGAAAGAGAACAAACGUGAACCGAAACGUACCGACGAGCGUGAGGAGGAAGAAAGAGAGAGAAGCUGCUAACGUUUGCGAGAGAGUUCUUCUACAGUAUUCCUCUUCUAAGUGCCGUACUCUUUCUAUUGCGUUAGUGCAUGGAUUAGGAUGAGUGUGUGUUUGUGUUUGUCUGUGUGUGUGUGUGUGUCUCCCCCUCUCACUUAACCAACGAGGUGCCGCACCUCGUGCAAAAUACGUGCCCUUGUUCUAUUCCCAUGCCUACUAGACAAGAAAGAAGCUUUCUUCUGUUUACCCCAAAAAACAAAGGAAAGAACGAGACAGCGAGUGCGCACACGGUAGUGUGAAGGGUGGAUGAGUGUGGUUCGGUAGCGAGAUAAACCGCCUUAUGAAUGAGUUGUGUGCUGUGUAGGAGAAGGGCUUUGGGUAGCUAACGGGGUUUCGGGUGGGUGAAAGUGAAUAGGAAAGGAAAAAGACCGCACGAGGAAAAAACGUGUGCAUGUGUGUAGUGUGGGGAAGGAAUUAACAGCAGUGUGGAGCUAUUUGUGCGUGAAUUUGUUAACUUUUUCCUUCCUUAUGUGAGGAGAUUCUGUGAACCGCUGAAACCACAUUGUUGCUGUUGUUGCGAAUGUUGUGUUAUUCACGGUAAAAAGCGUACUUUUCCGUGGUUUUAAAACGUUCUUAAAAAUGGUCUUUUCUUCUUACCGUUCGUUUGUGCUGAUGAGAGGAAGUCGACUCUUUCUACCUGUGCUGGAACCUUCGUGUACAGGGGGUAGCGUAAUUUCCUAGUGGUGUUGGUUUGCAGCCCCCAAGGGAGAAUCGGUUUUACUAUCUCUCUCCCUCUCUCCCGUUUCGUUCCCUGAGGGGCGAGUGUGCUGUGGCAAAAGGAAAUUCAAUACCAUCAAGUCGUGCUUUGUGCAUGAGUACGGAAGAGACGUUCUCGGAACUCUUUCUCCCAAAGAUCAACAAACGCGCGCGCGAGAGUGUGUGUGUGUGUCUGGGUACGUUUGAAUGUGUGCACUAUUCCGAGGGCAAUCAUCUUCUCGAUACCUCCCCGUUUAGUCUUCCCAUUCGUUUCCCCCCACCCUCCUCUGCCGUUUUGGUAAAGUAGAGUCUCGUGCAUGUGGUAGUGUGUUAGUGCGUGUAUAUCAUGCCUAUGCGCAGAUUUGUAGUGCGCGCCGUUUCGUUAGUGAAGGAAAAGUUAUUCUGAAGCGCGCAUGAAAGAGCUAGAGAGCUAAUCCCCUCUCUCAACCAUGCUUCGGUAGCAUGGUAUGUGUGUUUGUGUGUGUGUGCGCUGCCUUUUUAGAACGAUUGCGUAGACAUGAGAUUUAAAAGCGGGCCGCGGUGCAGUGGUGCAUCAGUCGCAUGAAAAAAAAACAUUCUUCCAAAUACACACACAAACACGAGCGCGAAUGGGCACACAGUGAAGAACCAGCACGAUCAAAUAUGCGUUUGAUCGUGGUUCUGUCUUCUGUGUGUGUAUGAUUCUGUUAAGAAGAAGGGAAAAAAACUGAUAUCGAUGAGCGCGCUAGAUAAAGGUGGAACCAGCAGGCGCGUAUAGGGAAGAGAGCAAAAUGGAAAAGGAGUGUGGCCUGCUAUGCUCGGCUCUAACAUCAUUAUGUUUUUCCCUACCCAAUAUCUUCCAGUUUUCCGCUCACCUUCCUACGAACACAUUGUUGUAUGGUUGAAUGCUGCACGCGAAAGAGAGUGAGAUGUUUCCGCCGAUUAUAUAAACUCGAUGUGCGUGUGUGUAUGUGUGUGUGUCGGGAAAAGAACGAACGAAAUUAUUUCCAGCCUGCUUAUGUGUGCGUUUGUCUGCUGGUGUUACUUGGGGGUUUCUAGCAUGUGGUCCCGGAUAAGAUCGUCCAUUUCGGGACUAUUUUGGGGAAAGCGUUUGACUGAUGGGAAGUCAUCUAUGCGCUGAACACCUUCGUCCAAACAUGUACCUAUCGCUACAUUAGCUCACAUAUUUCACUAUCAAUUCUUAUACGCUUAGUACGCGCAUUUUAUCGUUGCGUUGUUCAUUCUUUUCCUUUUUUUACCUUUACCAAAUCAUCAACUUGCUUUGUUUGCCCGUUAGACAGAGCGAGAGAGAACGAUCGCCUCGGUGUUCGGAAACGAGUAUGUGUAUGAGGUGUAGCAUUUUAACACGUUGGUGUGAAUGAAACAGAUUACCCUUAGAAAGGAGUGCCUGAUGGAAACAGUGGAAAGCGAAGGUUGGGUGCGAAAGAGAGGAUAUUUCCGAGAAAAUAUGUAGCAUUGCAUAUCUCGUACGAUCCUUCCGAAGAGAAGCAUUAGAAGGGGAUGCUGGCAAAAAGGCUGAUUCCGGUCGCGUUUGUGUGUGUGUGUGUGUGUGUGUGUGUGUGUGUACGCUUACUUCAUGAACGGGCCUCCGGAAGAUGGUUCUUUUCUUCAUGUUUUUAAAUGUUUUUAUUUUUUUGGCUUGUCCUUGGGUGGGUUUUAAUUGUGCAGUUUUAAGGAAGAUCAAUUUAAAUCACUGCUUCUGAUGCUCAGUGAUUAAAUGACAGCAGCAUUUGUUGCGGAAAAUUUGUGUGUAGGAAAUUGUUUUCUUCUUUUUUUGUACAUGAUGUUGGAAGUUAAGGGGACAUUUCGCGAAAGCUAACACACAAACACACACACAGCCUAAUGUUGUAUCCUGCGGGAUGAACACACACGGACGCAUCACAGGAACAUUUUUUUCCCAUCUGUUCCUUCGGGAAGCUACUACCGCACGAACGCAUCAACAUCCGAUUAAUUUUGACAGAAAUGAGAAAAAAAAAGUUUUUGCUCUUUUACAGGGUUUUUUUCGACGGUUUUAUUACCAUAAUCAUCAAUAUGGUUUGUUCGAGGCUUUUUGAGCAUGUUAUUAAAAUGUGUUGAUGAACGCAUUAACAAGUUCAAUUGUGGCUGGCAGCACUGCUAAAGGCAAUAACAUGUGACUAAUAAUAAUAAUCAAUAAUUUUUUGUGAGAUUCUAUUGUAUGCCUGAACAAAACAACACAUCAGUGAAUAUUUCCAUUAAACCGUGAAAAACCUUUGCAAUAACCGCUGAAAACCCUGUAAAUGAAGUACAGUCGAACCUCGUGGGUUGGGAGUCUGCUUUAGUUGGGUUAUUUGUUAGUUGCCAUCUUGUAUCGAUCGCAUGUCUGAUAACGAAAUUGUUAUUUCUAAUAUAUAAGACAUAAUGACGAUAUUCUUCCCCAUUUUCUAUUCCAAUUGACAGUUUGACAGCUGUCAAACAGCCCAAAUAUCGAGCCGCACACUCGCAAGGAGAAGAAGCAUUAGCAGUUUCCCGUUUUUGUAAAGCAUAAAAGGGAUUCGUGAAAGGAUUAAGUAAGCGAAUUGAAACAGAAAAGAAACCAUUAGCAACGUACGAUAACAAGCUAAAGUGAAGCGGAAAGUGUGUUCUAAGCUAAGAAAAGUUUAAUUUCCGUUUUCUUCGGGAAAGAAAAGUUUGUUGUGGGGCACGGUAAAGAAUAGCCAGCCAGGAGUGGCAGUGUGUUGCGGGAAAAAAUAGUGCAAAAAUUGGAAGUGAAAAAAAAUUAUACGUCGAAUAGGAAAGUGAGAGUGCACAGGGUUAUGUUGGGCUAAAAUCUGGUGCGAAGUAGAAAAGAAAAAAAAGUAUCAAAAAUUUGUGUCCAAAAAAAGAAAAAUGCAAAAGCAAAGGGGUGUGAAAAAGUGAAGUGUUUUGAGAAGGAAGGGAAAACAAAACCGCGAAAGUAAAACGAAAGGCAAAUGCAACUAAGCAUAAGCUCCCGGUGCGUAACGCAGCAGUAUCAACGUUUCGGUAUAUUGUCUUAAGGUUUUCUUUUUAUGCGUAAGUGAUUCUACGGUGCGCAUCGAAUUAGUGUUCUUCGCCGUGUAUUGCUAGUAGAUCGCAGGAUUUGCAUUAUCUCAUAUGCAUGUUUUGAUGUGUGGUUGUGUGUGCGUGCAGAAAUAGAAGAUGACGAUGUCAUUCUAAGCGCGUAAAGAGUAAAGCGCCAAGGUUCACCACACAUUCCAUUCCGACAGCGUAGUGGAGCAGCACGGGCAAGUUGCUUUAUCGAUUCGGAUCUGUAGCAGAACGUGAAAAAGUGCAUGAGAAAGUGAGAUCGGUGAAGGCUGCACUGGUGAGAGGAAAGCUACUCUCUCUCUCCAGCUUGCAGCGAAGAAAACCCGGCGUCUCUCGUCCCACGAUCCCUUCGGCGGUGGGAAAAGAGCGCCCAAAACCCAACCACCCCACCCCAAACCAACGGGGCAGGGCAGUGAACGCAGAGAAGGGAGUGAGAAGAACCACCACCCGGUACACCAUAUUGGGGUUGGGUUUUCCUCCUUUUGGCCGUAGAAGCUUUCCCGGAAGGGAUGAGAAAAUUAAUCUAAAUUCUCGCAGCAAAAGUUCCCGAAAAGCAUCACGACCGAGCAUCAUCAAGCGGGAACGAAACAACGGUCAAAAGCAUGGAUUACGAGGCGUUGCUAUUGCUUUUGCUAGCAUAAGAAAGGAACCCGAGCCAGUUCCAACCUUCCAGUUGGAGGCGCUUUUCUAGCCGACGUAAGCAACCGCGCGCGCACGGGAUUGCUGACGGCAGGAGCGACGGUUUUAUUUCCAUCAUCGACUUCAGUUCCAAGGUGUCAAAAGUUGGUGGCAACGAAACGUCUAGAGAAUUUGGAAAAGAACAACGAUGGUGUCGACGUCUGGUGGUCAGUAGCGAAAACGAAACAUGCAUCAGCAGAAACGAUCGGUACGGCAGCAUCAGCAGCAGCAGCAGCAACAACAACAACAACAACAACAAACUCAACGUCGACGUGGCGAUCGUGGAAGAGGUGGGAGAGUGCAGGAAGAAAGAAACGUGAACAGCGUAGUAGAGGGAUGGAUGUCGCCUGCACCGUGCUGCUAGCUCGAUCACUGCACCGAUAGCCGUUUCAGCGACCGAUAUUUGCUCGAACCCAAUGCAGCAGCCAGCAGACGGAAGCCAUAGAUCGCAGGAGAAUCGACGCAGACGAAGAAGACGAGGACGCAAAAAGGAACACAGGCACUCGCACGGUUCGGCGCUACACGUUCUCGUCGGCACGAGACGGACCGAGUACAAGGUCUAUUUGACCGAGCAUGGCACCCCACACGCAAACUGCCGGUGGUGUAGGGGGCAUUACGAUUAAGCAACCGUUUCAGCGGCGCCAGUGGCCAUACAACACUGUCAACACGGGCGGUACCGGUGGAACAGCGACGAACGCUGUGACCACCAGUACGACUAAUCCCGCUACCAUUGCAGGCACUACGACAGCCGGCAAUAGUAUUAGUAUAAGUAGUAAUAGUAACCCUAGUAACGCUGGCAGUAACGGUAACGGUAAUGCUGCCGGUAGUGCUACCGCUCAGCCGAUGGUUGGUGUGUCGGUAUCAGCGUCAGAUCCGCAAACUAACACCACUAACAUCACUGCCUUUGGAUCGACCGCGACGUCGCAGACUGGCAGCAAUUUCACCGCCACUACCACUACCAACAACAACACUGCCGCAGCCGCCGUCGCACUGCUACGAGUAGCUUCGGGUGCUGGCACUUCGGCCAGUCUGGCCGUGAGUCCUUCGAACAAGCUGAAGCGCCUGCAGCCAACGUCGGCAUCAGCGACCGCAUCGACAGCGGCCACCGCACCCCCACAGCCACAACCACCUACCACCACCAACGGUGUUCAAACGGACGGAACUGGAAAAAGCAAUAGCAACAGCAAUAGUACAGGCGGCAAUCACAUUGCCGCCUCUGCCAAACGUGCCCGCCCGAAUCAGGAUGGUGCCAAGAUCGUAUGCAAGUCGGUCGGAACGAACACAAACGGGCCGCCGGCAUUGGUCGCCGUAAACAGUACUACCCAGAAAAAGUUGACCCAAAUGGCGAUCGUGGCGGCUAGCAGCAGCAGCAGCAGUAGUAGUACGGUAAGCGUGGCCAGCGCCAACAACCAACCGUCGAUAGUACUGAAGUCCGGUGGUAGCGUACCAUUGCCAACGACGACACCCAGCACUACCGCCACCAUACUGACCGCCGCCGCGGUCGCCUCCGCCAUUCCAACGGAACUGGCUAAGGCGAACAAAAUUACCGGGUACUUUAAAUCGCAGCUGAAACCCCCGAACACGUUUCACAAUUUAAAGAAAACCAUCAAAACCGUAGCAGGACGUGCGUCUGCGCUGCACCAGCAAAAGCGGAAGCUGCUUGUCGAUGGUUCAACAGAAGGCAGCUAUCCGGAACUGACAACCUCCACGAAAGCGACUGCUGGGGGUGUAUUCACCGGGGUUAGUACUACAUCGAAUCCGGCCCCAUUCUCGGAAGCCGAUGUGGAGAAAUAUUUGAAACUGUUCAACCAGCAAACGCUCGGUGGAACAACGCUGACGACGACGGCUUUGGAAGCGGUUGCUGUAGCUACGCUCGCUGCAUCCGAGGCAGCCGUUACAGCGGCCACCAAUACUGCCGUCCCCGGUACAUCUGCGGCAUCCUCCAGUACAACCACCAGCAAUGGAAUCAUCUCGAAAAAGGUAGAACGUAAAACGGCUCGCAUCGCUCCGACCGUGUCUGCUACGCGCAAGAUCAGCCAUACCGUGCAGGGAGGUCUAGGCGUUGGCGGUAGUACUGGCGUUGCUGGGCAGACGAAGAAACCGAUCAAUAUUGCACCGCGUACGACCACCGUCAGCAGUACGACUGCGGUGUAUCAGCAUACGAUCGUUGCGGCUCCAGCAAGCGGAGCGAUCAGCAGCAGCAACAACAACAACAACACCACCACUGCCAGCGUGCACCAUCAUCAUCAUCAGGCGACAACAACGACAACUACCACGCAGAAGACUGAGCAGCAUCCGAUGUUGAUGGGCAAAGGGCAACCGUCACCGCCGGUGCUUCUCACUACGAUACGGCUACCGGGUCCGGUGGCUCAGCAACAUGCACAAUCGUUGCCACUUCCUAAUGUUACCGUUUCACAACCACAACAGCCGACCGCUGUAACGCAGACAGGUGCGGCGGCUGUAGUACCACAGUAUAAAUCGAUUAUUCCCCAGCCACAACCCACGCCCACUAGCGCCACAACGACAAAAUCAAUGUCCGGCUCUAAGCUUGGGACGGCGGUCAGUACAGCUGCCACCACGACGAUCGCACCGACGGCGGCCGUUUUCCAGUUCCACCAUCAUCACCAUCAGCUGUCGGGUGGAGGCGCCGCACCCGGACAGAUACCGAAUCUGGUGCAGAUCUCGAACCUGCUUCCACUCGCGGCUGCCCAACAGCAAGCCAAACUAACUGGUGGUGCAUCGUUGACGCUUGCAACGGCUGCUAGUGCAGCGGCCAUGCAGCAGCAGCAGCAUCAGCAACAGCAGCAAACCGCUUCAGCGGCCGUUUCUGCAGCCGCUGCAGCAGCAUUCGCGCUUGGUGCCGGUACACCGACGGCAACAGCCGCCAACCUGCUAGUCAAUGCGAACGGCAUCAACAACGGUGCAGCGGCUGGGUUGAUUCGCAGCGGUGCACCUAAUGGCGCUGGUCCGGCCGGUGGUCCCACUCCGCAGCUCGUCAUGAAUGCCACCUUCAUUAAAAUCCAUCAAAUACAGCAACAGCAGCAACAGCAAGCGGCAGCAGCCGCCGCUCAUCAAGCCGCCCAACAGCAGCAACAACAGUUGAUGGCCGCGGCCGCUUGUUCGGUAGCAAAUGCUACGCAACAGCAGCAAAGCUUCACAAUGGAAGCGUCGGCAAUGAACAUGAACUUUAGCGGUAUGUUCGCUUCCAAACCGACGACCACCGUUGUGCCGUACUCUUGUCAACCAGCGGCCGGUCGACCGUCGGCUUACCAGCCCCAGAACGGUGCACCCACACUGUACCCAGCGGCACUCAAUCCUUUCGCUGCGCAACAGCAACAGCAGCAGCACCCGCAGCAACAGCAACAACAGCUGAUCAUGACCCCAAGUGGAGGGAUUUUUGUGAAUGCAGCCGCCAUCCCGGCGAUGAUCAAUUCGCAGCUGAGUGCAGCAUUCACACCGGCGUCAGCCAACAUUCCCGCCCUGCAUCCACUGCAGCCACCGCCCAUGCCACCUUCAUCACAGGGCGCGGGUAAUGGUGGCAACAGUGGCACCACCACCGGACAGUUACCAAAUAUCACAGCUAUCAUCCAACAGAGCAAUGGUGGACCGGCUGCCUUGACCGGUAGCGCUACUGGUACCGCACAGCAACAGCAACCUCAGCACCAUCACCAUCACCAUCAUCAUUCACUGCUGGCAAACAUUUCGCCUGCGAUCCUUUCGAACCUGCAGGUAGCGGCAGCUGCAUUCGCCUCGUCCGCCAACAACGGCACUGGUGUGAGUGCGAACAAGCUUACACUCGGACAGGCAGCAACAUCCGCAGCAGCGACUCAGUUUGUGCCGAUCUCCGCUGCAGCACACUACGGCACUGGAACAACGCUUUACGCAGCGACAACCGCGGGCAUGAACGCAUCGGCCCUCGGUAUCGCCACGUCCAUGCAACAACAUCUCGCCCAACAACAGCAAGCGAUUGUAUCGUCGGCCGUCCAAUCGCUCUCUCCACCACCGCUCGUGGCCACCGUGCCCACCUUUACUACCACCGGCAAACCGAUCAUGAAUGCGAUGCUGAACGGUGUCUCAUCGACCGUUUCCACGUCAUCGGUCGCACCCUCGACGGCACUGUUGACGGUUGCCGCUCCCGCCGGUACACAAAAACCACCCGUUGGUGGUGAACCUCCCGGAUUGGUUCCGGUGCAGCUUCCGAAGCAACCACCGACGGCGGUGGCAUCGUCUCUAGCGUCGACCGCUCCACUUCCGAAGCUGGUACGCUCGUCAACGCUUACGUCACGUAGUAUCGGUUCCACGCAGACGCCGUCAGUGGUUAUACCUGCCGUUGCACCCAGUUCACCGCCUGCCCUCAACCCGCUCACGCUGGAUUGUGGCAGCAGUAACGACAGUGGCAUCGUUGCCAACUCCAGUGACAGUGAGGACAAGUCGCUUACAAUCGAUCUCUGCUCACCCGGAUCACCUUCCGAUACGUCCUCGGCCAAGAAGGGCGAGGAAGGGGACGAAGAGGAGGAAGAGGAUCAGGUUCAUCAUCAUAUACACGAGCAUCAUCACAAUCACCUUCACCAGCAUCAGCAAAGGCGUCAUCUGCAUCAUCGUCGUCAUGUGGCAGGCAGUGUUGGUAGCAACAAGGAUGACACACGGACAACGACGUCUUCGCGAUCGUCACCGCUCUCUACCUCAUCUUCGGAAGAAUUCGAGGAUCAGUUGAUCGUCGAUCAUGCGGUACCGGCAACGAGUACACCUGCAACGGUUGCUUCCGUUGCGGUGUCCCCGUUCCCACCACCGCUUCGCCUACUGUCCGAUGUGGCAGUAGCGGCUGCCGAGGCUGAGGCUGCACUCCAAAGCAAGCAUCAACAACCCCACAACCACGCCACCAACUCCACCGUUCUGGAGAUUAUUCGGCAAAAGCGUGAACAGCAACAGCAGCCGGACCAGCCACCAAUAAAGCAGGAGGACGACGAGGACACAUGCACGUCCACGGUGAAACCGUUGGCAGAGGAACAGCAACAAUCGCCGCAAGAGGCCAUGUCUUCAUCCUCAUCUGCAGCGGAUCUGCAGGAAGAUUAUAGUGCCGCUUCAACGCCUCAAAGCACUAGCUCUUCCGACGGCAUAGUACCACCAGGAACGCACCAGGAACCGGGACAGGAGUUGGAAAAGAAGCGACAGGUCCAAUCGUCGCUCGAUUCUCGCACAACGAACUCUUCACCCUCGUCCGAUCAGUCCCAUCUGUCGCCCCCGAGUAUCGAUACGGAGAUGGUCCUGAUGAGCCCAUUCGCACCGGAUGCAACCUGCGCGAAGAGUCCCAUCCUUUCGCAACCGAAAACGAUCCGCUUUCCGGCACCGUCCGGUACGGCACCGCAUCACAAUUUCGGUCGCAAAGGGUUCCGCCGGUCGGGCGAUGGACGGCUGUACGGUGUAUGCUAUUGGCGGGACUGCGAGAGCAAGUUUGAUAGUAGCUCGCAGCUGCUCGAACAUCUGCAACUAGCGCACAUUAACACGCAGAAGGAUCCACCGUAUGCGUGCCUGUGGGAUGGUUGCAAGGUACACAACAAGGAGUGUACCAAGUUUAACUGGCUUGAAAAGCACGUCCUGUCGCAUGCCUGCAGCAAACUGCACAAGUGUAUCGUGGAAGGGUGCGGAAUGCGUUUCGCCUCGCAGCCUAUGCUGCUAAAACACGUCAACAGUCACUUCGCGAACGUGGACAGCAACAGUUCUGGCAAGCGAUCGUCCGAUCCGCCCGUUCCAAAGGUGCUCAGGAAGACGGGCAAAAAGCUGCGCUACCGCCGGCAACCAUGGUCAGCACGUCGCUUUGAUUUCUUCGACUCUGGCGUGAUGGAAGGUUUGCAGCACCGUUUGAUACGGCUUGGUGCGAUCGCGAGCGGACAGGGCGGCGCAAUAACGUUCCGUGGGAUACAGCUUGGUCGUCGGCACAUACCAAAAGCAGGAACGGAAGUACUCGUCCGAUGGUAUCCUGCAGAAAUCCUGCCGGACGAAUGGUUACCGGAGCUUACGGUGGGUGGGAAGUUUGUGAAGCAGGUAAGCAUUCACAGUCUCACGAUCGAGCAGCGAAACGAUCUGUCCGACUAUUUGAAGCAAGAUCGGCUCAAUCCAACGGCAACUGCCAUUGUGAAUCCAUUUGCCGCACUGCACGAGCAUGAGUUUGAGCAGCGAAUUGCCGCGAGCGGUAGUGGCAGCAGCUCCAAUCUUAGCAGCAUCAGCAGCAACAGCAACAGCUGCAGCUGGAGCAACAACAGCAACAGCUUCUCCAAUCAGACCGCUCGGUUCAACUGUCGCAGCGCGCCAAAGCAGCAGCGCAAGCGGGCUAAACCCUCCGCGACUGAUUCGAACGGUUGCUGUUCGUCACAGUCGAUUACGUCCAGCGGGUUUUCGUCGAUCUUUUCAACCUCUCUAACGUCACUAUCCGGCGGGACGAGUAGCGUUGCUAGCAACAACAACACUGUCGCGUCAUCCUGUGGUAGCAGCAGCCGCGAGGGAAGCUGCGGUGCAAUGCAACUGUCCUCCUCAAGUUCUUCUUCGACGAUAUCUUUCACAUCCUCGUCGGUAUCCUCCUCCGCAACGUCAUCAUCAUCAUCAUCAUCCGGGGUCACGAAGUCGUCCAAAUCAUCCUGACCGUCAACGUCAGCACAGGGUGUGAAUACGAGGACGCACAAUCAGAAGCGCAAGACUCGAGUGAUCACUACAAUAACCGACCGUGAUAAAGCGAUACCAGCACCACCACUACAAUCAGUCAGAGAAGGACGCAUCCGGAUGUUGGCCUCGAAGAAGCAGGCUGUUGGAAUGGAACAAGAAACAUCUCAUAGGGUAACAGGAGAACGAAAUCAACGUCGUACCAUAGUUAAGCGCUAAGGUAGGACGCUUUAUCGUUUGAGAAAGCUGUUUGAAUCGUGCAUUCUUUGUCCUUCCACUGAAGGUAGGGCUGCGCACGUAAAGGAGAAAAAGAAAAUUGAAACUUCGCACACCCGCCACACCUAACGAUACAAUCCAUAACAAGAGCAAUUGCAAAUAAGUAUAACCAGAAUUAUAAGUACGUCUUAAAGUGAAUUAAAAGCGCCAAAACGCCUAGCAUAUAAAACGCAACUGUCUCUCCCACGUGCGGAUUAUGUGCGCCUAUUUGUGUGACUGAUCACCGAGAAGAGAAAGGAUUAAUAAAUUCCCCACCAAACACCACCUAUUCACACACUAAUCACACACUGGAGAAAAAACAAACAAACACGUACAUAGGACGUGCACGUAGCAUAAAAGGUCCAUCAAUAUUCGCCAUGGAAUGAUUUCUGGACGACGGUGUGUGUUGUGAAAGGAUAAAUGUAUGUAGUUAUAAUUUUAACUCAAUUUUCUCACCGCUCCGUUUAGGUAUUUUUAGCAUUGUGAAUAUAGAUUUUAGUUUAAGAACAGCUAGAUAAUUGUCAGCGUUUUGUACAUGUGUUUUCUCCCCCCCUAAGUUUCCUCGAUCGAUGGUUUACUCUUGGCGCGCGCUAUCUAUUAGAUUUGGCUACGUUUAGUGUAAGAAUGAGGAAAGUAAUGUGGUAAAAGAAGUGAAGCGGGCAUACGAUGCAGGACGUGAAUGUGAGUAAGCAAAAACAGUCAAACAAUUUUCGUAUUGAAUAUAUUUCGGUUUGGAAUAACUAGCAAUACACAGCCAGCAUACAAGCACAAGCAGCAAAAGGUGUACAAAAAGGUUAGGAAGUGCUUUUUUUCCUUUUGCAUAUAUUUGUUUUGACGAUAAGGAAAUUUAAAAAUAACGAAAGUGAAGAAAAGCACAGAAAAACAAAACUAUUUCGUGCGCUUAAGGUGGGAUGUUAGGAUGAGUCGUUUUACAAAAUUAUUUCACAAAUCCGUUGAUCUCAAAAAGUAGUACUGCGUAGUAUAUAGAGAAAAAAGGGAAUCGAUUACACGAUGGAGCAAAACGUUUUGGGUCACGGUGGCCUUGCAGGGGUGCUGCAUACACAUAUAUACCCUUUCUUCCCCGAGUGGAAUGCAGAGAUAGUGAAGAAGCGUAACAUAAUGUGCUAGUGAUGUAAUGCUAGGAUUAGAAACACGCUGUGACCAUAACAACCAAGCGUCCUGUACGGUGAGGAUGGCGUUACUAAAAAUCAUUCUCUCCUUUCAGCACUCUUCAUUACACACAACACAACCAUACCAACGUACCGUGCGUACAUUAAAUGGUACGACGCAGGACAGGGUGCAAACAUAGAGUAAUCUAGCAAUACUUAAAAAAAAUUACAUUGCGAUGGUUAAAGACUGAAAACGUAUUUUUACUAGAUUGUACAGUGGAAGAAGGACGAAUACGAAUGGGAGGAUGCCAGGGUUAGUACGAACAAAGAUAGAAACAAAGCGAACGCACCACUAGUAAGCGAUGUAAUGAUGGCGAAGAAGGAUUGCAACACUUGUUGCAUGAUCAAAAUUAAUGUCACUUUUAACACAGUGUGAUAACAAUGAUCACUACUGCUCCCCCCCAGGGGAGACUGUAACACAACAGCAAAACGGUCAUGAGGCGAUCAUUUCUUUGCAAUUACACGAUCACCAUGAUAAUUGGGACUGGAAUGAAUCUACAGCUAAGUGAUCAGAUGGCAUUUAUUUUCGUGAAAGAUCGCAUGUUUUGCAGCGAAGUUUUAUUACUUAAUGAUUGCUGUUAAUCAUGUUUGUUUUUCACGUAUUUUGAGAGACUUUGACUUGCAGAGGAUUUAAAAAAACCCGUUUUCUUCCUGUGGCUUUGGUCUUUGGUAAAAUAUCCAUAUUUUUGUGAAAUAUCGAGACAAACCGUCUCUUGUCUUCUUUGUCCACACACUUGCAUCGCGGGCGUUCGUUUUCUGUGCUCUAGUUUUGUUGCUUUCCUUUGUCAGAAUCUUUCGUUUUCUCCUACACCGCACUGGGAUAUCCAUAAUUGGCUAGAGGAACAAAACAAUCUUUAAAAACGAUAUACGCGUGAAAAUUCGAAAGUAAAAACAAAUACCAACCCAGUACGGUGGUUUAAACGCUUAAUUAAUCGUCUCGGUAUGAUGAACAAGAGAAGCAAAAUGCGCAAAGAUAUAUGAUCACUGCCAAAAUUAAAACUGCAAUUGAGUGUGCGUGUGUGUAUGUGUGUGUGGGCGGCGAAAAACACUUGACUGAAUAAUAAGAAAAAAUUAAUUAUUAUAAUGAAGAAGACAAAACAAACAGGCGGAAAUGAGCAAAUGAAGCGUGUAUAGUGCAUAUGAAUGAUGAAAUCGCAACACUGUCGAACGCAUGAAGUGCAAAAAGCAUUUAUAAUAGUAAAAAGGAUAAAUGGCAAAAUUGGACAGCAGCCGCCCCACGGCCGUCGGUGUGUUGUAGACAAUAGCCUUUUUUUAGGACACAAAUCAAAACGAAAGCUCCAAAUCUUUGGAUAGCAAUCAAAACCACAACAUUCCGCCAAACGUUAGGGAGUUCCUUAAGCGAUGUAAACAUCUCAAUCUCUCUCUCUCUCUCUUAUAAAUAACAGCAGCAACAACAAAAAAACUGCCAGCUUGAGGAAAAAGAUUCAAAUGCGUGCACAAACGACAUCGUCACCACCAUCUCGGGUAACGCAAUAACAACACUGCCAUUGUCGUACUGCCCUUCUGCCCUUAUUUUAUUGUUGCGUUAAUUUGCAUUUGUUUGUAUUUGUUCAAACGAUCCUCUUUUCCGCUAACUAAAGAUCAUCGCGCAGGAACUACUGAGGAUAGAUAAAUUUACCCAAGAACCAAGUACGUAUGUUUAGGAUGCAGUUCGGUGUUUAGGUGUAUGAAAUUUAGCGAGACAAUUCUAAAAUACGGAUGAGCGAAACUGGACCAUAAAGAAGCCAUCCAGUCAAGUCGAUGCAUGGGGCUUUCCCCUAGGUUUAGUUGGUGGUUUUUGCUUCCCAUGGAACACCCAUUAUCAUCCUGCCUAUCGUGAUCCGUUGCUAUCGGGGCUGAGAGAAUAAUAUUUCUUUAGAAAUUUACGUUUGGACUGAUUUUUAUAAAAUAGUUUGUGUUUAGAGCUAUUCAUACUAGCGUAGGAAUUACGUGUAUCGUUUCGAAGUGCCCGCCGGAAUGCAUCGCACAACCUCUCUAAAACUAAGCGCCAUACCUUGGGAAAGAGCCGGAAAGAGGAAACAAAAUAGACAAGUAAAAGACGUGUAGAAAACAAUGUUGGACGCAUUUUUUUUUUGUUCGUGAAUAGUACAAUUCAAAAUCGCUCUCUGUUUUAGAGGAUGAGGAUUUGGCACCCAACCGCGACAGUACAUACCCCGUGCGUAUGUUGUAAGCAGCAGCAUACUUUUAGGUACUAAUUUUUGUUUAGAGCUUUUAUUUUUGAAAAGCAGUAAAAAUGCGUGUGUAUUUUUCUUUAACGGUACACGAUCUCCACACACGCCAUACACGCGUUAAGUCUCUUUAUAAGAAAAUGCGCAUGAAGCAAACGUUAGCGUCCAGCACAUUAGCAUUUAUGUUUUUGUUUUCCGUAACUUUAUCACUCGCCGGAGUAAAACAGUGUCACAAGUGUAUUCCAACGCUCAGAUAAGGAUUACAUCUACAAAGCAACAACUUACCAUACUGAUGCGGAUCUGAUGCAGUCCUUUUAGUCGCUUUUAAUCCGGUUUGGGAAAUGUAGCUCUGCCAAACAAUUAGCACACAAAUAAUGUUUCAACCACUGCCCCAUAGAUACUGCUGUGUGAUGAGUUUGUAGGCCACCGGUCGGUGUAAAGUUCUUCGUUUUUCCUUCCGACUGAUUCGUGCCCGUUUGACGACGUGAUCGGUUCCGUAGUGAGAUUUCUUUUAGUCGAUAAUGUUUUAGUAAAUUGAUCCACUAGUGCUGCUGUGUUUCUUCCCUGAUUGCUGGUAUGGCAUUUUACGCAUUCAAACAGCAAAAUGAUCGGUUGUAAGACACCUUGCACACCGACGUUUUUGGAUCAUCAUUAUUUGUACGUGUAUGUCGUGGCAAAGGAUGUUACAGCUGUCUCUGUGUACUACAGGCUCUAACACUGCCUUUAUCACUUUCUUCCUUUUACCUUUUAAGGAGUAAGUGUAACUUAGUGUAAAAUAUUUGACCACAGUGUCGCCACCGCGCCAUGUGGCGACCGUGUGUACCGUGUUUUAGUUUAAUUUUUAUCUUACCGCAAUGUGUUUUUUUUGUGUGUCUUGAGAGGCGUACGUACAUCGUUUAUUUUAAUUUCUUUAUAGAAAGAGUUUACUUUAACUGCUCGAUAGCGUUAACUAACAAUCGGCAAAUAUGCUGCACAUUAUUCAAUGACUAUUUUGCUAUAGGACACUUCGAUGUUUGUGCUAAGUUCGUUUAGCUUAGGUUUAUACGAGUAAGAAAAUUUCCCUCCUCCGGGAUGUGUAUCCCGUUCCCGACAGCGCGUAAUUACCUAUUAAAAGGUAUACCAACCCUUAUUACUACUAUUACUACUACUACAACUACUACUUCUAUUACCCCGAAUGUUCCUACCGAUCGCGCGUAUCGUUUGUAACGAUCCUUGGACCACGUGACGGGGGUUUCAAUGUGACAGAUGUUUGGAAAAGAAAUGCAAAAGCAUCUUUAAUGAACCUUUAGUUUGUUUGUGUUUUCAUUUCUCUUGUUCUCUCGUUCACUUCUUCUGUUUCUAACUCUUCUUCUCUACACACUUGAUGACGGUUUUUUGUUUUCAUUUCAGGUUGUGUUUUAUGUGUUUUUCGUUUGUAUUUAAACAUAUCACCUACCUUUUUAUUUGAUUUGCGCUUGUAAUUGUUUUUGUUCUUAUGUUUCGUUUUAGAUACUUUAUCCUUUCUUUAGUGAAAUUUUCAUCAAAAGGCAGUUUGGAACUCGCACACGUGUUGCACACAAAAUGGAUCAUCAAGCUGGCACAUUUGUACACACACACACGCACACACUACCCAGGUGCGCAAAAUGUAAGGUAACGAUGUAGGAAAGGAAGGAUUUCAUACAUAACUGUAUCAUAACGUGUUGUACAGCGCCAGUGAGGAAACUGUCGAAUUGAGAAGUAGUGUACGUAUCAAACCGUAGGUGAUACUAUCUGUAAGUAAGUAGCAGGAAGCUGGCUAGCCGUUAGAGACAUGUCUUCAUUAUGCGUACGUAUAAUUAAAGCGGCAACUGCAUGAUGCGGUAAGCAGGAAAACAUCAAAGUGGAUGAUGUGAUACACAAAUUGCGGUUCUAAAGAAUAUACACAAGGCGAUAAAGGUGUGUUGCAAACAGUGGCCCAGUAUAGGAAUGGGAUGUGGAAGCAAAAACCUCAGGGGUUGGUUUAAUGUUUUUCCAACAAAAUACAGACAGACAAACAUUGCAUGUGCCGCUUUACAGGCAUGACAAGGCAUCGAUUAUGUGGCGGAAGGGAGGUUUUAAAACAUUUAGCUGAGUGAAAAGAGUUUUACAUGUGUUCUUUAGAGAUGUUUGUACGUUAUCUUAUCUUCAGUCGCAACAGAGGGAUAAAAAAAAAACUCCAUUUUGCUUUUAUUGUCACAAGUGAAUGGUGAAAAUGCAGUGUGGAAAACGGGGAAACGGACGGUUUCGGAAGAUCGGCUGAGUUUUGUCAGAGAGAAACAGCAACGAGUUAGAGUGUCGCAGUAGGGAAGGUGGUAAAUGAAGAAUGAUAGUUUUUGAUAGCUGAUUGAAGAGAGAGAGCCAUAGGAACAAAAAUUGACGACGAAAACACUAGACAAGAGGGGGGUGAAGAAGCGGAAAAGAUUAGAUAAAUGAAACCAAGGAUUACAGUGGUAAAUGGAAAGCGAAAUGGCUACGAUAGUACGAUCGAGUUCCGAUUGCAAACGUGCCUAGUGGCUAUGCAGGUGAUGAAAGUCAUGUCCACAAGGGACACAAAGAAACACUAAAACACACAUGUCUGGCAGGGUAAUGCUAGCUGGUGAUGAUGAAAAUGAAAUAGUAUGUGAAUGGGAAGCGGAGACAAGAAGCCGGAGAGAGAGCCAUUUAAAGAAGGAUAAAAGAUGGAUCAAAUGUAUGACGCAUGCAGGGAGGAUUGCAAAGUGUGCCACGGAUUAGGAACAAAUGGGAAAAAGGUAGAUAGAAGCGGGAAAAUGAUGAGAAAAAUUUGAGGAGCAGAUAAGGGGAGGGAGGAAAUGGCAAGCAUGGCCUUUACCUCAAGAGUCAAGAGAAGCUAGUGUGUAGCAUAAAUGUAAUGCAUAACGGGAGCGAACGGAUUGAGAUGAUUGAGCAGCAGAAGUAAGUGUUUUGGGAACGGUUUAGAUGAAAUUGUACAUAGGAUAAGCGUGUCAUAUCCCAGCUAAGGGAAAGUAGAGUCAGAACACACACACACACACAUACACCCCUGACAUUCGUUAAGCGUUAGUUUUCGAUGCGAAGAUGUGUUCUACGUACGUUAUUCCCUGUUCUAAGAUGCGUAAUACAUCAUAGUACAUUAGGAGGGAAAAUCGAAGAUAAAAAGCGAAACACUUGCGAUGUCGGCAUGUGUGUGUGUGUGUGCGUGUGUUAAUAGAUGUUGUUGCUAGAAAUAUGGAAAGGAAAGAUAAAGAAAAAACCAAGCAAGGUAUCACACAAAGUGGAACGUAAAUGGAAAGAAUAUGGUAAUCCUACAGAAACUAGUGGAAUUUAGUGCAGUGCGAAGAAAACAAAACAAAACGAAAAAAAAGCAACACAAAAAAAGGCAACAACUCGUAACUCGUAAUCGGAAUGUGUAUCAUGUGUAGUUGGAAACAGUAAUGGGCAACAACGUAUUAGCAACGUAUUAUUAUGCGAGAAAAGGUAACAGAAUAGGUAACACAGUAUCUCAGUGCAGGCGGUGGUUUAGUCUUUACGUAGUCAAGUGUGUUUUAUGAUGGUAACAAUUGGUAAUUAUCGCUCGACCGGAUACAGUACAGUGAGAUGUCGUUCCACUAAGUAUUUUUUUACCGCCCCAUCACCAAUUCCUUUUGCUUUAAUGUCUUUCUUUUACUUUUCAUUGGUGUGUAACACACAGUUUGGCACAGAAAACUAAUGAAACAGAAUAUACAAACAAAAAGGACACAGGAUGCAAAACAAAACAAACAAAAAAGAGGGAAAUCCGAACGAUGAUUCGAUAAUGGACCAGAAACGUAAAUUAAGGACAUAUAGUGAAAACAAGCGUGAUACGCAAAUGAAAAAAUGAACAAGGAAACAAAUAAACCAAUAGAAGGAGGUGAUGAAAAGGAUAUUAAAGAAGAGGCACACACACACACACAGAAACUAAACACUUACACACACACGUAAUAAAAGGGAAAACAGUACUUCAACAAAAUGGAAAGCAGACAGGGAGAACGAAUGGAAAUGGAAAGAAAGUGCAGCAAAAUUGACAACCCGAACAUGAUUGAUAUAUUCAGAUUAUCACCCAUACAUCAGAGAAAGUACCACUGAAAUACGCGCCAAUUGUGAAUUGUAGAAAGGGAAAUAAUAUUUUUUUUACAAAACAAUGCAAAGGAACAAAACAAACAAACAAAACAUGGUAACAAAAUCAGUAAAGUGUGUAUCAGGGGACGUAACAAAAACAAAACAAAACAGAAAGAUGGCAAAAUUUUUGAGGCAGCAACACAAACAGAACGGCGCGUGGUGGUUACAGUGGAAAACCGGAAAUAGUUUGCAAAGAGACAGGCAAGAACAAAAUGGAACUACCUCAUUAAUGUUUAGAGCACAUACAGAAGCACAAAAUCAGAAAGUCAAAACAAAACAAGAAAAAGAAACAAACGGGGUAUAAAACAUAAUAGAAAUUCCACUCGAUACAUACAAUAGUGAAACAAAAGAGAGAGAGAGAAAGAAAAAGCCGUGAGAUUAAGUAAAACAGGGCUUUUCCGUUGAGUUUGAGUGUCAAAAAAGAGGCUACAAAACAAUUCUCUUUGCACACAUGAAAAGUGUUUUUGUUUUACGUUUUAAACUAAUUUAGCUCAUCGUUAUGUUGAUUUGCACAAUUGGUUGUAACGUUUUGUAAAAAAAAAAAAAGAAAACAAAAAGAUUUGGCUUAAAUGUAAUUAUCAAAUUUGGCCGUAGUUAAAAGCGCAUCUGGAGUCUGGACGUAUUUGCUAAAAUGUCUGUUUCUCUCUCGGUUCCUUCUAUCAAAGUGCCCUCUUCCUCCCGAAAAUUCCAUGUCCUUCAAAGACACUUUUUCUCAAUUUUCCACACGAAAGGAAAUGUUUUCUUUUCUUCCCCUUUCACCAUGUCCAAUCACCAUUCCCUAAACGAUUAAAAAAAAUCGUAUUUCGAAUCGAAACGAACUGCUUAUAUCACAAUACGAGCUCUAUGUAUUGUAAUGGAGAAGGAAACUCUUUAAGAAAUAAGUCACAGCGCAGCUUGUAUGAAUCUGUAACGGCUAUUAGAUCGAUUAUUGGCAUGAAUGUAAUAUCAAAGCAUAAAGAAAAAAAACAUACAACACCCACAAAUGGAAACAAAAACACAAAACUUAAUCCAGCAGUAUCUUAAGAAGGUAUACAUAUUUUGGUAGGAAACCCAGUUAUCGUUCCGCGAUAGAAACAAGGGAAAGAAGAAAACAAAAACCCGGACGGAAAAUGGGUACAGUUUGUAGAAUGUCCGACGUAAAAUAGUAAACGCAAAACUUCAUUAAAAAAAAUCUUCCCAAAAACGGGGAAAUGUCGGUUUUCUCGCCGGUGUAGAAGAGAAGAAACGCGAGUACGCGGAACACACAACCAAAUAUUAAUUACCAGCCCAGAAAAGUAAAAACCACAGAAGUAACAAGAUGCUUAUUAGAGUGUAACAGAACAGCGGACACAAACCACAACACACAGUGUACGAAGCGCCUAAUGCGGCGAACAGACGCGGAAAAAAGGAAGAACAAAGCAUUGUAUCAGUAUGUUUAAACAAUAUGAAACUAUUGAAAAUAUAUUACCGAUAUGAGAAA